GUCAAGGUAACGUUACAGUAUGGUAUUGUUUCGGAGGUGUACAUAAUGCUAAGCUAUUUUUACAGUCUCGUGUGGCAGUAAUAACCACUGUCGCUGUAUGGACGUUAUGAAGUGGCGGCAAAGGACACUCAUGUCACUUUAACGACAACUGACGUUAGAACUCUGACCUCUUUCAACCCGGAAGAACAUGCUGGUGGGAAGGAAGUUCUAAACGUGCUCUUUUGAGCUAACGUUAGCAAGUUAGCGUGAAUGAGGUUGUCGCUAACUGAAACGGUAUUUCUCAGAAAAUAUCCGAGGCUUUGUUUUAUAAGCAAGUAGUUUACAAGAGGAUAAUUAAAACUCCGAAAUUCUUCGAUGCUUCCUUCGAUUGUAACGUUAGCGAACUUAGAUGUCACGUAACAGCGUCUAUGAACAUCAUCGGCAUAUCAUUACAUACUAUUAACACCAUUAACAUUGAGUCAAAUCAACAAUAAUGUUGACCAAGGCUGGUAGUGAACAGGCUGUUUGAUAUCACACCGGAUAACCGGAUCACAACCGGAUUGAUCCGUCGCCAGAGAAGUGUGCCAAAACUAUAACACCAGGUGAACUUACAUCUUUGACAGCCAUGGAGUUUCUCCCCGUACUUGACCCUCUAAAUGAACCCAAAAAAGGAAUAUGGUAUUCUUUGAUACCCGGGGGGGCUGCUCCAGGUGUUAGUGUGGGUCACACCUGCACCUUCAUCCCGUCUGAAGAUGGAGGAAAAGGAAGAAUCUUUAUUGUUGGGGGAGCCAACCCCAGCGGCAGUUUCUCACAUUCAUACAUAAUAAAUCUAGAUAAUCAUGAAUGGGACAUCCCAGAGUGGGAGGAUUUCGAGUCCCGAUAUGAACACUGUAGCUUUGUGCCGGAGAGCUGCCCUCAGAGCCUGUGGGUGUUCGGAGGGGCACAACAGAGUGGCAAUCGCAAUUGUAUCCAGAAUAUACAGCUAGCAGAAAGUGGGUCUCGCUGGAAGAAUUUACUGGUCAAUGGCCAACCCCCCAGUCCUAGGACAUACCACACCAACUCAGCGUGCCAAGGGGACCGGCUGUAUGUCUGUUGUGGUGGGGAAGCAGGCGCUUCACCAGUCUCAGACCCAAAACUCCAUGUCUUUGAUACAGUGUCGUCCACCUGGUCUCAGCCGGGAACACAAGGCAGAAUCCCGCCAGCCAGACAUGGCCACAUUGUCGCUGUAGUUGGUUCAAAGAUCUACAUUCAUGGAGGCAUGGCUGGAGACAAAUUCCACAAUGAUAUGUACUCUCUUGAUACAAAGAGCAUGAAGUGGGAGAAAGUGCAGGCCAAAGGAGACGUCCCACAGGGAGUAGCAGCCCACUCAGCUGUGGUGCUGGGCAAGAACAUAUACAUAUUUGGAGGGAUGACCGCUGAUGGGGCCAGCAACGUUAUGCACAGAUUUGACACCGUCAAACGUAGAUGGGUCCUUUUGAAGUUUGAAGGGGAUAUACCACCCAACCGCCUCGACCACGCCAUGUGUUUAUUGCCCUGGACGGUGUGUGAAGAGGAUGAGGAAGUCAACAGCCAAGUGGCCACAAAGACAAUUCACUUGGCAUUUGUGUUUGGAGGAAUGGACACCCAGGGAGUCAUUCAUAAUGACUGCGUUGUGACUGUAAUAACAUGAUGUUCCUUUAAAUUUCAAUGAAUGUUUAAGGACUUGCAAUUGCAUAAUGUAUUCAAAUCUCUAUGAGGCUUUAAUGCUGACAUUGGCAUAAAUAUUGCAAAACAAAUGCUGAAACCAUUAACAUGACAAAUGUUCAAGUGUUUCAAUGUUGUAAAUAAGACUCAAAGUAACAUUUUGUAUCAAACAUUUAUUUCAAUGUCCAGACGUACAAUGACCAGAUUCAAUAAAUAACUUUUAGCAUUG